GCAGCUCAGUGAGCUCACUAGGUUUUGGGACAAAGCCUGUGUUUGUUCUCCAGGACGCACCACACACGCCCCAAUCUCCAGCAGUCUCCUGUUAGACUACAUGCGGGAUAAAGAUGGCUUGACCACGCAGAUACAAACGGGACUACUAAAACCUUUUCACCACUCUUCGGGGUUUGCUGAAGGAAGAGAGAUAGAGAAAGGCACUUUGAAGAUGAACAUUCAGUCAGCCAUCAGCCGUGAGAUCUUUGUCCCAAGAGAUGAAAAGUUACUGGUAGCCAUAGAGGUGAGGAGAAGGUUGAAGAGGAAGAAUCUUUCCUUCCUCAAUGCAGGCCGCAAGAGGGACUACCUAACUUUCCUCUGCUUGUCAGUCACUAACACAAGACCAGCUCAAAUCUUCAUCACUAAAGUUAAAAAGUACCCAAGCUCGCGACAGUUUUCUAAAAGAUCUCAGUGGUCUGUGGAGCAGCUUCGUCAAGUCAAUGGCAUCAACCAAAAUAAGGACUCUCCUGAGUUUGAUCUAGUGUUCGAUCGCAACUCUGAUCAAUGGUUGGCUAGUUCAGCUGCAGAGAAGUGCAUGUUUGUGCAAGUUCUGUACCAUGCUUGUCAGAACUACUGGGAGGCAAAGCUUGGCCAAGACAACCCCGUGUCCCCUGGAGACCCGAAGAUACCUGGAGUUACAGAGACCAAGAAGAGCCAUGGUGCUACACGCCAAACUGAAUUUAUCAACUGUCAGCCAAAACUAAUGGGAGAUGGUUGUACUCUCAAUAUGGUCAUCUACCGCUGCAAGAUAUUUUUGAACAGAAUGAAGAACAGAAUGAUUUCAAACCAAGGCCAGUUUCAGGGUAAAGCACCAGUUGUAAAACCAUCUAGGAGUAGCCCCUCCCCUCCGGCGGUAAGGAAGAUGGGUAAUGUAAUGAGGAGGGCCAGUCAGGUUUUGAGUGAGCGUGGGGAGCGUCUGAUGAGGGCUAAUGAUUAGACCAGCCACUUGUUGCAUGGGUCCAAGAAGUUUGCAGAAGCUGCUCAGAAGCUGGCUCUGAAGCAGAUAUAGAAGCGCUCUGGACGGCCUGCCAAUAACCAUUUUAAAAGUAGCUUUUUUUAUCUAGUAGCUAGAUACUUUAAUUGUCUAAUUUUCCAAGGCAAACUUUAAGAUGAUUUUUAGGCUUUUUUUGCUUUAGUUUUUUUGAAGGUUAGAGGUUCUUGGGGUAGUUUAAGGAUUUCUUUAUUUUUGCAAACCACUUGAUGGUCAAAUCAAACAAUUGUAUAGAGGGGUGGCAUGGUGGUCUGUCUGUUUUUGAAUAAGAUCAUGAUUAAACCCUGAUUGUUUUUUGCAUUUAAUAUCUUAUGUGUGGGAUAUGAAAAGCCAGCAGGGGGCUGAUCCUCCCCUGCUGUGAUACAUGUUGCUGUGAUAUGAUUGAAAUUACAUUUGUUUUGCAGUAUAAAAAAGCCUUAAGCCAGCCUUUCCUUUUGCUUGUUUCACUAAGCAACAAACUGAAACGAAUUGCCUCCUUUUCAAAAUGAGUACACAGCACUGAAUUGAAAACAAUGAGUGUUGCAGUGUAAACUAAUUUAUGUUUUAAAAUGCCUUUUGUGUUUUAAACUGCUUUUUUUUUUUCUUUUUUUUUUUUGUUCUGUGUACGGUAUGCCAUAAUAUUACUGUCUUAGAUUGCAUACAUUAACUGCUAAAGUGAGUAACUAACUUCUCUGGAUUUCUUUUAUUCCCUGGGUGAUUUAUUUCUUUCUCUACUUUUGUAUCCACACAGUGUGAACUGUUUUUUUCACAUUAAAUAAGAGUGGUAUUAUGAGGAUGAGGAACUUAACUUGUAAGUCACUUUUGUGUAAUAUGUGCUAAUCUCUAUAACAAAAGGUUUAGCACUUUAGCCAGGGAAUGUAGACUCAUGUAGUUUCUAAUCUGAACCAUGAACAACUCUGGAUGUAUUUAUUUUUUAUUAUUAUUAUUCUCUUGCAGAGAAUGAUCAAUUCUAAUUAGUGCAGCAGCAGCAAAUUUAACACAAAUAGGUCACUUAAUAUGAACAAAAAGUUACAUAUAACACAUAUGUUGUGUUGAUGCACAGAAGAGUUUGUACUCUGUAAUGGCUGUAAUUGUUCACAUGAGGGGGCUGCUUGUGCUUUUAAGAUUUAUCUCAGAUAUUCAAUACAGUCAUUCAUUAGAGAUGCUGAUGAAUGCUGAAGCCUCAUUUUGAAGAGAUUUAUAAUCCAUUAAAUGUGAUACAUAUGUGUAUAACAAUUCUGUUCUGUCUGUCUAUUCAAUGUCUAUUGUCUCAAUAGUUUGUAAACUGACAUAUAGGAGCAUGACCAUGUCAUAUUUAAGGCCAGAGGGUGUGUUUCCACACUGAUAUGGAUACCCUGAUUGGUGUUUGGCAUGUUGAAUGCAACCUACCUUUUGUUGUUGUCAAGUUCUGUUGCUUUAAUUUAUAGCCUGUUCCCUAAUACUGUAUAUGUGUAUCUAAUAGAGCAUUCUAUCUGUAUUUGUUAAUCCAUGUGUCUUGUCUUGUGAUACCCAAGAAAAUCUUGUUAAACACACAAAAGCCCCACAUUAACUCAAUAAAUGAAAUGGGACCCACUUGUGUUUGGCCUGA